UGUACAAGCAUCAUACAACGCAAUUUCCUGUUUUCUAUGUUCAUUUGUCUUUUGUGUCUUUUUAGAGUGUAAUCUAAAAAAAAAAAAAAAAAAUUCCAUUUUUCAAAAUUCGCCAACACGAAAUUUGUUUUUGUUUGUAAUCGUGAAAAAAAAUUAUCAAUUAAAAAUCACAAUGAAAUUAUAUUUUUAUCUAGCCAUAUUUGUAACGGCAAUUCAACUGGUUUUUGGCCAAGCAUAUAUUGGUGGUGCAUAUGAUUUUGGCCAAAAUCGUUAUGGUGAACGACGAGGUGAAUUAGGUCCAGCAGCCAUUGCUGGCAUUACAAUAGGAGCGGUGGCCGUUCUAAUGGCAUUAAUGGUUACCGUAUAUUUUUGUUAUUAUACGGCAAAUCAUAUAACCGAUGAAUAUCCACCACCACGAAAUGUACAUGUUCAGCCAAAUUAUCCGCAUACAGCAUAUCAGAAGGCACCUGGUCAUCCUAAAUAAAAUAAAUAAAAAAAAAACAAAAACACUCACUCACAAACACACACAUUUAUGCACCUGGAAUCCGAUACAUUUCUUAUUUUGCAACAAUCAUAGCCAAAAACAACAAUCAGCAAACAUCAUCAU